AUGUCGGCUCCAUGGCCUUUCGUGGCAUGGGGAAUGGAUGUGAUUAGACCGAUAGAACCAAAAGCAUCGAAUGGUCACAGGUUCAUCUUGGUGGCCAUUGAUUAUUUUACAAAGUGGGUGGAAGCAGUAACUUUCAAGUCAGUGACCAAGAAGGUCGUGGUGGAUUUCAUCCAUUUCAACAUCAUCUGUCGAUUUGGUAUUCCAAAGGUGAUUAUAACUGAUAACGCCGCAAAUCUCAACAGCCACUUAAUGCAAGAGGCAUGCUACCAAUUUAAGAUUGAGCAUCGAAAUUCGACUCCGUAUCGCCCAAAGGCAAACGGGGCUGUAGAAGCUUCUGACAAAAAUAUAAAAAAGAUACUUCGUAAGAUGGUGCAAAGUUCUCGACAAUGGCAUGAAAAGUUGCCUUUAUCUUUGUUGGGUUAUCGCACUACAGUCCGUACGUCAGUGGGCGCUACCCCAUAUUCACUGGUAUACGGGACUGAGGCAGUUAUACCUGCAGAGAUUGAGAUCCCAUCUUUACAAAUCGUUGUGGAGGCUGAAAUUGACGAUGAUGAAUGGAUCAAAACUCGGUUAGAGCAAUUAAGUUUGAUUGAUGAGAAGCGUCAGACAUCCUGUAUGUCAUGGACAAUUAUAUCAGAAAAGAAUGUCACGGGCAUAGAACAAAAAGAUAUAGAAGGCAAAGUGACAGAAACGGUCGUCAAUGCUGAUGCUGUGAAAAGAUAUUACAUAUGA